AAACCAUCAGAAUUCGAGUUCUGCAAAAUAUGCAGAAUCAACCACAAUCAAGGUCGUCGCCACAAUUCCUUCCCACGCCACACCAAUUCACUCUCCUCACUCUUCACUCGCUUCCAUCAGAAGCUCUCCUUCGUCAAAUCUUCACUCAGAAACCCUAGCUUCGUUCUCUCUUCUUCGGAUUCUCCUGAUCGUCUUUGGUGCAUCUUUUGUGAUUCCGACAUUGUUGAAUCUGAUUCUGCAUUUGUUUGUGGUAAUGUAAUUGAGCAUUUGGCGAGUGAUGAUCAUCUGAAGAAUUUGAAGCAUUUUCUAUGGAAGUAUGGUGGUGGUAUGAACAAAGUGGAUUCUUUCAGAAUUACGGUUGAGUUAGCUGAGUGGAAGAAGAGGUGUGCAGUACUGAAGAAGGAUGUUCCACCAUCGAGAUCUUCACUUGGGCAGUCGUAUGAUAUCCAAACAAAUUAUGAAUUCAUGAAUAAUUCUAACAUAAAUAAUAUUCACUUUCUUGAAUCACGUCUCUUAAAAGAUGUUAUACCUUUACAAUAUGGCACAAAUGAGAAUUACCAGGUAUAUCAUUCAGAUAUCUCACAAGCUGGUGAAGUUAGUUCAUCUGCGUACGAUGUUGCUCCACAUACAACUUGGACCCCAGAGCAUCAUAUGGAAACUCAGAGUUUAACAUGUAUGAGUCAAAGUAGGCAACAACCCCUUGCAUCUAGCGUGGAAAAUGUCUUUGCUGAUGGUCUUGUAAAAACAGGGGUCUGUCAGAAACAAAGCAUUGUCAGCAGAGAGCCUUUUACUGAGGGUUACCAUAGUCUCAGUCGAAUAUCUUCUGGAGGUAUGGAUGUUAUGAAUGGAAAUGUUCAUUCUGGGGCGCUGCCUCCUUGGCUUGAAGGAUUUGAGGCCUGUAAUGAGCAUGAGCAAUCAAGAGGGCCGAAGGUGAAUGUUACUGAAAAGAAUAGGAAAAAGACCAACAAAUUGAACCCAAAGAGAGUAGGGGCUGCAUGGGCAGAGAAAAGGAAAGCAGAAUUGGAGAUGGAGAAGAGAGGAGAGAUAAUUGCUAAUUGCUCUGAUGCUAACUGGCUACCUAACUUUGGUGGGGUUUGGCAAUCAGGCAGCCGAAAAGAAUCAAUGAAAGAAUUUAAGAAGGAAAAGCUAAAUGUCUUGAAAGCAGAAAGUAAAGUUGAGUCUGAGAUGAAGUUGCAUCCUUAUAUCAGCAAACGGAUGCGGCAAGAUACAAAUGACAAUUCCAAAGAUGUUCAGAAGACUGGUGAUUUCUCCUAAUACUGAUCAACUCCUGGUAAUGAGUUAGUGAACACUGUACAAUUGAGGAUUGUGAUGUUUUAUUGGUAUGUGGUGUUACUGGGUUGUGUGUUAAGCUGAAAGCUGCAAAGUCAUUUUGUUUAGAAGACCGGUGAUUUCUCCUAAUAUUGAUCAACUCCUGGUAAGGAGUUUGUAAACACUGUACAAUUGAGGACUGCGAUGUUUUUUUUGGUACAUUGUGUUACUGGGUUGUGUGUUAAGCUGAAGCUGCAAAGUCCAUUUAUCCUCAUGGUAAUGUGUAGCUGUAAAGUCCAUUUGUCCUCAUGGUAAUGUGAAGCUGCUAACAGUGCUAACAGAGGUUUCCAUUUACUAAUUUGGAAUCAUAUUGUAGUAUAGUGAUCUAAUUUAAAUUGUCAAAAAUCUGUACUGGAUAUGAUGUUUUGUGAUCAUACAAGUUCUUAUUGAAUCUUUUGAGUAUAUUCUUUAGAUGAUAGAUGUAAGUGUCCCUCUGUGUUAAGCGGAGUGUACAUUCAUGCGUUUUUUCCUGCUAUAUCUCUAACCCUUUAAAAAGAGGGAAGCUCUCCAACAUGAAAGGAAUAGUGAUGUGAGUCUAUAGUCAAUCAUGUAAAAGUUGCUAGUGUUUCAAACUUUCAACACAGAAACGUGGAAGAAAUGAUAUGCUAUACUACACUGCACAUGUAAAUAAUAGUCUUACAUGCCUCUAAUUUUUAUAAGUUACUAUCUCAGAUGCACCUAUCUUGUAUACAGGUUUCAUUCAGUCAUUCGUGGUGGGUGCCACUGAUGGAUAAAUCUUCUGCACUCCUGUUGACUCCUUUGCAUGUCAUAACACCAUAUAGAGAUUGUUUUCUUUGCUGUAAAGUGUAAUACGUAUGAUGCACUUUCCUGCUUGUAAACUCAUUUGCAGCGUGAUCAAAUCUGCACUGUAUAAGAUGAUGGAAUAGCCACUUAUGUUUUUUGUGAUCAAGAACAAAAGCUGGUGGAAUGCCAUUGCUGACCACCUUUAAUCUUGAAAUUCCAGUAU